AUGGAUAAAUAUAAAAAAAAAUUUGCUAGUGCUCUUGAUGGAUUACGAAAUCAUCAUACAAAAGUUGAUAUUGAAGUUGCUGAAAAAAUAGGUCCUAAUAAUAUUGGAUUAAGUAAGAUUAUACGUCAUGGUUUUCCUGAUAAAGCACGUUGUUUAGCAUAUGAUCCCGUUCAAAAAUUAAUAGCUAUCGGAUCAGGAAACGGGUCUAUUCGAUUGCUUGGAGAUGCUGGUGUUGAUUAUCAUCUUCGUCACCCAUCUGGAAGUGAAGUAACACAUAUCAAAUUUUUAAUAAAUGAAGGAGGAUUAAUAACAGUUACAAAAGAUGACAUGAUACAUUUAUGGAAUUAUCGUCAAAAACAGGCAGAUAUUGUACAUAGUUUACAAAUGAGACAAGAAAAGAUUACGUGUAUAGAAUUGCCGGUUUCCUCCAAAUGGUUAUAUAUAGGGACAGAAAGAGGAAAUGUAUAUGUUCUUUGUGUUGCCAAUUUUAAAUUAUCAUCUUAUACAAUAAACUGGAAUAAAGCUAUAGAUUUAAGUUGUAGAAAACAUCCUGGAUGUGUUAAACAUUUAUCAAUAUCACCAUUAGAUCCUACUAAAUUACUUAUUGGUUUUGAUAAUGGAUAUGUUGUUUUAUGGAAUUUACUUAAUAAAGAGGUAGAACGAUAUAAAAAUAAUGGACAAAUAAAAAAUAUUAGUUGGCAUUAUGAUGGAAAACAAUUUAUGUGUGGUUGUAAUGAUGGUAGUUUAGUUAUAUGGAAUGUUAAAAAAACCAAUGAACCAUAUCAAAUUAUUUAUCCAAGGGAACAAAAAUGUCGUCCAAUAACACAUUUAUUUUGGUUUCAAGGAUCAUCAAGUGAUAUGGUAAUAUUUGCUGGUGGUAUGGGUAUGGAUGAUGGUGCUACACCAGCAAUAACAGUUAUGAAACCAAAAGGAUCACUUGCUGUAUUAGAAUUAGAUCAUACAAUUAUUGAUGUAUGCCCAAUAAUAAAUAGUCCAUAUACAAAUUUUCCACAAUUACCACAUGCUUUAGCUAUUCUUAUGAAAGAGGAACUUAUUAUACUUGAUUUAUCUGUUGGUGGUUUUCCUAUUUUUGAAAAUCCACAUCCAACAGAUAUAAGUGAAUCACCAGUUGUUUAUAUGAAAUAUUAUAGUGAUUGUCCUGUAGAUAUGAUUGGAGCUUUAACAUUAUUAGGAUGUAAACAAAGAACAACUAAUCCUAGAAUUAGUACAAAAACAUGGCCAAUUACGGGAGGAGAAGAAAGAGAAGUUGUUACUAGUAAUCAAGAACUUUUAUUAACAGGUCAUGAAGAUGGUUCUAUAAAAUUUUGGCAAUCAAGUGGUGAUCAUCUUCAAUUAAUGUAUAAAUUAAAGACAGGUCGUCAUUUUGAAAAAACUGAACAACCUAUCUCAACAAAUCAACUUCCAGAUAAUUUAAAAAAUCCACAUUCUAUAACUUUUAUUUCAAUGUGUCUUGAAUCUAGACUUUUAGCAGUAGCUGGAAAUGCGGGACAAGUUACCUUAUUUAAGUUAAAUAAAAAUGAAUCAGCAAAUGAUAUUGCUGUUAUCAAUAUUUUAGGAUCAUGUUCUGUUGAUUCACCUUUUAAUCAAUCAUCAGCAAAUGUUGGUGAUUGUGGUGGAAUUAAAAAUCAAAAUAGUACAAUUUGUUCUAGAACUUCUAGCAUGACAUCAGAGGGUAGUCAAACAUCAGAACAACAUUUUUUAAAAGUUCGUGGAGGUGCCAUAAGGCGAGCUGCAGGUUUUCAACCUGAAUUAGUUUGUUUAAUAACAUCUUCAGCUCAUUCUCUUGUAAAUAGCAAAAAAUUAAUUGGAUCUAUUUCAUUAAACUCAUCUUUUGGUCUUAUGGCUAUUGGUACUGUUAAUGAUUUAUGUUUAAUUGACAUCAUUCAAUGUACUUUAAUUUUUUGCUUAUCUAUAUCAGAAUUAUAUAGUUUUGAAAAUAUAUCAAAUACGCAAUUUAAUUUAAAUGUUGACUCACCACAAGAUGAGCGUUAUGCUUUAGUACUGGCUAAAUUUAUGAAACCUUUAAAUUUGUCUAUGUCUCAAUAUUGUAGUGAACUAACUAAUAAUGUUGGUAAUAAUGAUAUAACUUGUGAAACAAAUAUUUGUAAUAAAAAAGAUAUAACUAGUGAUAAGGGACAUUAUUUAUCAGAACAAACUCCAAGUAUUGUUAAUUUACUUCGAAGAAGAACAUCUGAAAUGGCACAAUCUGCAAAAAAAAGAAUUGAAAAGAAAUUUUCACAACAUCAUACAGUUAUAAAUGAUAAAUAUAAUAAUGAUAAACAACCAGUUAAUAGACCUAAUUCAUUAAUAUCAUCUUCACAUAAUAAUUUUAAAAAUGACACUAUAAAAUCAGUGCCAUAUUUGUCUGUUGAUUUAGUUGAUACACCAUCUCCAUCCAAUAUAUCUCCUCAUAUAUCAGGUCAUACCUCACUUAGUAUGUCAAAUGUAGCAUUUUCAUUAUUACCAUCAUAUGAAAAUCCUGAUAAUAGACCAAAAUCUGAAAAUACUAUGAGAGGAAAAUUAACUAGACCACAUAAAUUACCAUCUUUUGAGAAUACUGAUUUAUCUAAAGAAUUUUAUGAUGAUUAUGAAAAUUCUUCAUCAUCAUCAGUUAAUUUGAGGGCUCAAACUCCUCUUGAAACUGCUACAAGUAUUGUUCGUAGAUUAACUGGUAAAAAUCUUUUUGGUAGAUCUAAACCUAUUAUAUCUACAAAUGAAAAACAUGAAGAUAUAACACCAAAUAAUUCAUAUCUUGAUUUAACUGAUAAUAGUAUCCAACAAAAUGAUACAUCACCAAUUAAUAAAGAAAAAAGUGGAAUAAAAUUUAUGAGAUUAAAUACAGAUUUAAGACAAAAAAGUUAUGAUAAAAGGCCAAUUCUUGCAAGAGCACAAUCAAUGGCUGCUGGAGCAGUUGCUUCAUUAACUGGAAAUAAUUCAGAUUUUAAUUUCGGUGAAAAUGGAAAUAAUAAAGAUUCUAGUUUUUCUAAUCUUACAAAUCAAGAUUCUCCCAGUAUUUCUUCAUCAUUAGAAAAGUUAUCUUUAUAUGAAACAAUAACAUUUGUUGAAUUUAUAUCAACAGCUGUAACAAAAAAUUCAACUAAAACAAUACCAACUUUGUAUGUAGGAACAUCAUCAGGUAUAUGCUUAGCAUAUAGUUUAAAUAUUCCAGCAGAAAGAAUUACAACAAAUGUUACAUUUGCUCAUGUAAUUUGUGCACAAAAAUUAAAAGGAGAAAUGUUAUAUUGUUGUUUUAUGGAUGAUACAUUUAGAUUAUUAGCUCCACCAUCUGAAUCUUAUAAAGAGUCAACUUCAGAUAGUCCAAAAACUACGCAAAACAAAAUAGUAACAAAAAUUCAGUUACUACCAACAGUUUCAAGUUCAAGUUCAAGUUCAAAUGAUAAUAAUAAUGGAAUGGAUGAAAUUAAUCAAGUAACAGUUAUUGUAUCAGAAUCUGAAGCUCGUGUUAUUGCUUUACCAGGUGGUUUAACUUUAUUCUCUUACAAAUCUGAUAGGUCAUUUGUUAAAGCAGAAGCCUCUCAUGUUAGUGGACAUCCAGUAUUAAUUAUUCUUAAUGAGGCUGGAGAACUUGUGGUUUUAUCACUUCCUUCUUUAAAGUUUUUGUUUAAAUCACAAUUAUUUUCUAAAAGUGUUGAUCUUGAUGAUCCAAUGGUAACAAAAAUUGAUUUUUCUGAUUAUGGCUUGGGUGUUUAUAUGGUAACUCCAAGUGAAUUACAAAAAUUUACCAUUUCCCGUGAAUUAGCAUCACAAAUAUCAGAAUGUUCAGGUGAGGUAUUUGUUCCAAAAGAUAUGCCUGAUCAACCAAAACCAUCCUUAUUACAAGGUGUUUCUACAUUGUUUGGUGGUGGUUUAUCAAAAGAUAUCAAUACUUUAGAAGCAAUAUUUAAUGAUAAAGAUAAAAAUGGUCAAGGUCUUGUAACUAUGAAAUCAAUUGCCAGAACAGUUCAAUCAUCAGGUAUGACAAAUAUGGAGCAUGCACAAAGUAGAGGAAUCACAGCUGGACAGGCUGCUCAAAUGGCUCUUCAGAAUUUAAAUGAGAGAACAGAUAAAUUGAAUGCCGUUGUAGAUACAACCGAAAACUUAAAAAACAAUGCACAAACAUUAGCUUCUAGAUCGGGAAAAUUAGUGGAAAAAUAUGAAAAAAAGAAAUGGAAUAAUAUUCCACCAUUAGGACCAUGUGUUGGAGGAGAAUGCCCAGCUGGAUAUAUGUGUGUUUGUGAUUAUUGUUGUGAAGGAUGUUAUGAUGAAUGUUAUGAUUGUGCAUUGUAUGCUCAAUAUUGUGAUAAUACUAAUUAUUGUGAUCUUCGGCAGAAAUGUAAAAGUACAUGUAAUCAAUGUAGGGAUGCAGAUUAUGAAUAUCUUCCUUAA